AUGGAUCCUCCGGGGCAGCCUGACAACAAACGCCCCCGUCUCUCGAGCACCAACUCGUGGUCACCAACCGGCGGACCGCAACACCAUCUACCACCACUCCACCCGCCGCCCUCGCACCCGUCGACGCCGCACCAACAGCAUCCUCUCCCGCCUCAUCAACAACACGCGCCGCCGCCUGCGCCAUAUAACCACCAGCAGCAGCCGCCUCCGUACCCUCCUCGCUCCGUCGAGCCUCACCACCCUCCUCACCCGGCGCCGCAACAUCAUCCUGACGACCGACGACACCAUGAGCAAGAGCCUCCUUACACGCCCAUGCAGGACCACUAUCGACACCCGCCCUCACCUGCGCACCCGCCUUACCCACCGUUUCCAAGCCGAGACCCUGGCGGCGUGAAGAGAGAGCCGCACGACGAGAACCUCUCUCACCCACGAAGACCUCACUCGACAGGAGGUGGGCCACAGGACGGCCUCCCUCCUCCGCCGCACUCUGCGCCGCCGCAUCCUUCUCACCAACCGUACCCCGACGAUUCUCGACGACACAUGAGCUACGACAACGGGCCACAGCAGAUGCCCCCCACGCCGGGGGGCUACCGAAGCAGCUUUCCUCCUCCUCCUAUGGCCCAGCCGCCGCCGCCGCCGCCACCUCAACAUUAUGAACAGCAGCCGCAGUACCAGCCGCAACACCCUCCCGAGUCAAUAUACGCACAGUUUUCUUCCACUGCCAAGCGCAAGGCAACAAGAGCCUCUCAGGCUUGUGACAGCUGUCGGCAGCUAAAGGCGAAAUGUGACGAGACUAAGCCUUGCAAAAGUUGCAGAGAAAAGGGUGUCGAGUGUAAAUAUCGUGAUCCUAUUCCAAAGGCGAUCGACAAGGGCCAAACAGACAUUUUGGAGGCGAUUUCUGAGAUGAAGAGCGCGAUGGAGGCCAAAUUUGAGGCGCAGAUUGCCGCUCAGCAAAGGUGGAUGCAAAAUAUGGAACAGAGGUUGAACAUGCACAACAUUAAGAUGGAAGCUGAAGCGCCGCCGCUUUCGGAUGAUUCUCCCGACAAAUCGCUCGUCAAGUCACCAUCACCAGUUGUCGCGCCGCCUGUGGAAACGUACCCUCAACCCGACGAAGAGAUGCACGAGCCGCAGCCCAUGGCCGUAGGCGAGACGGACUUGGCCCACCAGAUCCAUGAUACAGACAUGGACAACGACGACGCGCCCGACAAUCCUCCCGGACCACCUGUAGCGCCGGGACCCCCUUCGAUUCCGGUAAACCACACAACCAGAGCCGACACCAUUUUGUUCUGGCCGGGUGUCAAGGAGAUGACCCAGGGAAUUCUGGAGAGGGAGAAUGUCAAGUACCCUCAGGAGUACCCCAUUGCCCAGGAGGAGAAGCGCGGCGUUCUGCGCCUCUACGGGCGCGGGGAGGGAAGCGGGCAAGACUCCAGCCGUGGCGUUACAAGUAUCGCGGCUUCUGAGGCCUUUGGUACAAUGGAUGUCAUGGAAGACAACUUCUCCGAGACUGGAAACUCGCCCUCUCCAGGUGAGGCUUGGGGCCAGGUCGGAGGACUGAGCCCGCCAACGAGCAUGGGAUACAUCAGUGGCACGCUCACACCCGACGGCGCUCCGGAUUUCUCUGAAGAAAAGGUCAAGGCAUACAUCACCAGCUUCGAGACUCAUAUCCUCACCUUGCACCCAAUCAUUCUCCCCGGCGACCUGAGAGUCCUCGUUAAACGCUUCUUGGACAACAUUGCGCAGACCGAGAAGAAGCCCAAGCCGACUGCACCUGGCGUCGCCAAGUUCGUUGCGCCGACGAGCAGCUACCCAGAAAUGUCAAACAAGCGGAAGCGGUCUUCACCAGCACUGGAUCAGCAGCCUGAAGAGACAAUACAGCUCCCUAAGAAGCCGGGUAGGCCGCAUAGGACUAUUGAAAACGCCCUGGUCUUGGUCAUUCUUGCCUUGGGCAAGAUCUGCUUGCACCAGUCCAAGAUUCCUGACCUCCCCCGGGACAUGGUAGAACACAGCCAGAACUCUCCCAUGAACAGGAAUGGAUAUCCAUCUUCCCCCGGUGCGCAGGCGUCGCCUCCAUCGUAUUCUUCGCAUUCGCAUUCCUCCGGGUUGCCUUCACCUAAGGAGCAGAACAAUAGUCUUCCCAGCAGACGGCCUUCAUUGCAGGGCAGCGGCGCCGGCAGCCUGAAGUCCAACACGAUGAAGCGCAACUACGACAUCAUUCCUGGUUUGGAAUAUUUCGCCUAUGCCUCUGACAUUAUGGGUAACCACAUGGCUGGCUGGACGAUGAAGCACGCCCAGACUUUCAUCUUUGCUGGUCUGUACCAUGGUCAACUAGGCAGAGUGCUGGAGAGUGACGCCAUGUUCUUCAAUGCCGCACGAGCUUUGAACAUGAUCAUGCGCCGUGACAUGGACCGCUUCUCGAAGAUGGGUCUCGAUAAUCCCGUUGAGAAGAAGCGUGACAACAUGGUCCUCCUCGCAUACUGGAGCUGUCUGCAACUCGAAAACGAUAUCAUUGCGGAACUUGAACUACCACGAUCCAGAUGUCUCGACUACGAGCACAUUAUGCCGUGGCCUAAUAUGAAGCUCAUAGAGAACGACACAUCUGUCAGAGUGCGAGACUCUUAUAUCGGACAGUUGUACCUGCGAAAGACGCUGAACACCAUCCACAACUUGCUCUACGAUCCCCAGGACAUCCACGUUUCGAUCAAUUUGAAGAUGAGCAAGGUGCAGGAUUUGGAGGAGCAGCUGAGAAGCAUGCGGUGGGUAUCAAAGGACUUCCACUUCAACGAGGACGACGAACCAGCAAAGGAACUCAUUGAUGCGCGAUUGCGUGCUAAGUACUGGGGCGCUCGAGUCAUCAUCUACCGUCCCUUUGUCAGAUUCGUUUUGGAGGUUUCGGACAGGCUGAAGCAACGAUCUGAUGGCUCAGGCAUGCUCAACAAGGAGACAGUGGGACACAUUGGCGUCUUCACCCAACACGAUGCGACUGCUUUCGUGGGGCAGGGCUCUCACGGGAUCCGUCGACACGAUGAGCUCGACCCAGAAGUCAAGGCAUAUGCCGAAAGAGGUAUCAAGGCCCUCAUUGAGAGUACUCGGGCCUUCCACGGUGUCGACAGCAAGCGUCUGCUCGUCACCAACAUCUUUGGCACAGCCCAUGCGCAAUGGGGUAACCUCUUGAUUUUGGCAGCAGCCUUCCGCGAUCCGUACUUGCACCAUCUCGUGUCGAGCGAAGAAUUGAAGAUGCUGUUCCGACGAACCAUUAGCAUGCUCGAUAUGCAUGCCCAGUCAUCUAGCUCCCUGACGAUUGAUAUGCAUAUCCUUCAACACAUCGAGAAGGAGCUCUUUACCGAAAACCCGAGGGUUGGCUCCAGCAGCUUCGGCAGCAACAACAGCCACACGGGGCCGACGAUCCCCCCGCCUCCGCCACCCUCGUCCGCACCGCCGGCCCAUCACCACCACCAUCCGGGCCCCAUGUCCAUGGCAUCCUUCAUCGAACCUAACCACCGCAGCGCGAACAACUCUCCAAACCAGGGACACCGCUCGCUGAGCAAUGGAUCGGGUCACGGUCACCCGCAGAAUCACGGACACGGCUACCAUGCUCACCCUGGACAUCCUGGACACCCUGGACACCCUAUGCAGAUGUAA